UAACAGAGAACGUAUAUGAUAUACGUUCUCUGAUACAACUUUGUCUUUGACAUAUGAAUCUGACAUUAAAAGUUGCUCGUCAUUCGUAAGAAAAACUGAAGGAAACUCAAGUGAAAAUUAUUUCAAUUGAAUAACUAUUUGUAAAUAAAAAAAGUUUUCAACGUAAAGAAAAAUAUGUUUGGUCGUCAGAGCGGUAUCGGUGGUGGUAACACUAGCAGUAGCUCCAAUUUAGUGGAGUUUCGGGCUGGACGGAUGAAUAUGAUAGGCAAGAUGGUGCAUCCAGACGCACGAAAAGGCCUAGUGUAUUUAACACAGAGUGAAGAUGGGCUUAUGCACUUUUGCUGGAAGGAUCGCACCACUGGCAAGGUGGAGGACGACCUAAUUGUUUUUCCUGAUGAUUUUGAAUUUAAACGCGUUGAACAAUGCAAAACUGGACGCGUUUAUGUAUUGAAAUUUAAGUCAUCUUCACGUAGAAUGUUUUUCUGGAUGCAAGAACCAAAAAUCGAAAAAGAUGAUGAGCUAUGUCGUCGGGUCAACGAAUUAAUGAACAAUCCGCCAUCACAACAGCGUAACAAUAGUGAUAAUGGCGAUUUACAGUACAUGUUGAACAAUAUGUCGCAACAACAACUAAUGCAACUGUUCGGCGGAGUUGGUCAAAUGGGCGGUUUAACCUCUUUAUUGGGUUCAAUGAAUCGCUCUGAAAAUAGUUCGCGUACACCAGCACGCAGCGGCAGCAAUAAUGCAGCAAGUAAUUUGCUAACACCAGAAUCGAAUACAGCACCUAAAACACCUUCCGCCCCCAAAGGAAAGGGUAGUAAUAGAAGUUCCGCAGGUGCUACUACCACCAAUGUCAAUACAAACCUAUCGACCACAGCCAGCCGUACACUAAGUGUCGAUUUAUCUACUGCUAUACAAGGUUCGGAGGCAAUUAAUCAAAUAAUAUCCGAUCCAGAACGCGCUAAAACUUUAUCAGUACAUCUACCUGAAAGCGAAGAUGCUGAUGAAAAUAAAAAACAACAAAUUAAAGACACUAUUGCUUCGCCGCAAUUCCAACAAGCGCUUUCUUUGUUCUCAAACGCGCUGCAAUCGGCACAGCUUGGCCCCGUAGUCUCACAAUUUGAAUUAACAGCAGAAGCAGUUGCAGCCGCAUAUGCCGGAAAUUUGGAGGAUUUCGUUAAGGCUUUGGAGAAAUCUCUACCAGCUGGUGCCACCAUGGAUACUACCAAAGCCAAAGAGUCCGACAAAGAUAAGGAGCCAUUGAAGAAUGAAAGCGAGGAAAAUAAAACUGAUAAAAAAUAAUAGUGACAUUUAUAUAAGUGUGCAUCAUAUAAACAUAACAAAAAAAAAAAUAAAAAUAUGAUUUUGCAUUAAAAAUAUAUAAGCAAUUAUUAACAUUUA